UCUUUCCUCGGUUCUUUGGCUACAUUGCGGCAGGGCGAGCGUGCUUACACUUAGCUUCACCAUCCUGAUCUACUUUGCAUUACCCGGUCGAUGAGUACGCCCGCGAACGACCCCACCCGAGACCUCGAGAAUGGUACAGACACGCCUUCUCGCCAGCAGCGGAGCUCUGUGCCUUCUCUUCUCUUCCUUAGUUUCAUCCUCUUCAUGCUCAUGAACGGACACGGAGACGAGCUUGCAAAUACAAGAGACCUGUAUGUGAACGGCCUCCAAUCUCUCAACUGGCAGCUGGGCAACUUCAGUGCGUGGCUGAACGGCACGGAGAGCAACUUCACCCUCCCCGUCGAGGACCCCAAUACUACGCCGUUGGUGGCAGCGUUCCUGCCAUUUGGACUCGAGCUCGACCCCAAGCAAGGGUCGUACUAUUCCAAUCUGACUGGCUUCUGGCACGGAGAUCUCCAGCUUCACAACCUCACCUCCCUCAACGCUACAGAGAAAACCUCCCCCUGGCGGCAUUUGGCUGAGCAGUGGAUGCUCACCACAAACCUCAGUGAGAUCCCUGAACGACUAGGGUCAUGGAAUUGGACGCGGUCGAACAAGGUCACUUUGAAUGUCGGUGAUAAGCUAGUCCCAUACAAGCAAAGUGAAGAGGGUGAGACGAAGAGUAUCGCAAUCAUCCAUGGGAAAGUCGACUUGGCAGAACCCAAGAGCGAUGAUGAUCUCAGACUGGAUUUCGAAGGUGUCCACGUCCUUUCCACUGGGACAGUCUACGCACUGGCAGUAUCUACAGGACACGGUAUAGAUCUGCGCAAUCUCCCUGCAUUGGUCCCCGAGACAUACCGGAACGACAGUGCGCGAGCCGUUGAGGCAGAAAUCAGGAUUCGCGCAUCGAAGUUGAAGGAGAAAAUCGACGCAGGAUCGUUCGAGCAAGACACCUCGUCCAACGAGGAUGAGAGCCCGAAGACGAAGUGCCUGUUCAGGUUUUUCGGUCAACUUGAUGUGACCACAGUACCAAAAGAACUUAUGGACGAGCUCGAAAACGAGAUUGACGAGCCAACUGGCAUCACCACUGUUAGAGCACCCGAACUAUCCCUCGGAGGCGUCCUACUUAGCCAGGACUGUGGCAUUCUGUACGAGAUCAAGCAUACAGUCGGAGUGCAGACCCAGAAGUUGUACCGGAAGAUCACAACUUACGCUGGCUUAUCCACGCUCGUUAACUUCCUUCUCCUUGUACUGUUCCGGAGGCAAGCGGCUCGGAGCAGUUCUGCCGCUGGUUUGUCUCGCGUCUCCCGAUAUACAUUCCUCAUACAAAGUCUUCUCGACGCGAUCUCCUUUGUUGGGCACGUCACUGUGGCCAUUCUUGCCGAUGGGCGGCCGUCAAUGUCGGUACUUGCGCCAGCAGGUCUAGCGUGUCUACUCUUCAUCUACGAAGCGCAAUUUGCAGUGUUGAUCGGCCAGAUUCAAGCUCCCGAGGAUGCCCCAACUCCCCGACCAGCCGCACCUGCACCUACCACAGCACCCCCGCCCCAACCGCAACCUCAGGUGGACGGAAGUACACCAACAUCCUCGGGUCCCGCUGACCAGCCGGCACCAACCGGCGUGCCCCCAGUCGUGCCCACACCACCUCCCGCCUUACCUGAAAGACCAUCCUUCUUCCGCUUUCUAUUGCACCAUAUCCGAACGGACCCUGCUGCGCGAUUAUGGAUGAUGAUAUCGCUGUGUCUCAUCGUUGUGUUCCGGAUCGUGAUCAUGCUGUCGCUCCCGCUCUUCUUCAUCGGCUCGCUCUACUCAUGCAUGUGGCUGAUGCAAAUCUACCGGUCUACGCGUCGCGCGCGGAGCAGUGGGUUAUCUGCGGAGUACCUAAUUGGGUCGACGCUGGGGCGAUUAUUCUUCGUGUGUUACUUUUUGGGAUGCCCGAAGAACAUUUUCGACGUCGAACCUCGAGGAUGGAUUUGGUUCGUUGCACUGAUCAUGCUAUUGCAGGUCUUCGUCGUCUUCUUGCAAGAGCACGUCGACCCGUGCUUCUUCUUACCUACGCGCGUUUCGCGUGUCCAGACGUACAACUACCAUCCCAUCAUCCCGCUUCCGGACCCAGAAGCCCCAGAACAGACCUUGGGCGACUGCGCGAUCUGCAUGGAGGCCAUUCUCGUGGACCCAUCCCUGCGCCGAAGGUCGAAGUCGAGCGACGCCAAGGAGCGACCCGCUAUCGGGCUCCCGUUUCUCAGGAAGGUCACCACGGCAAGAAAGACAUACAGUCUUGCGCCGUGCCACCAUUUGUUCCACACUGAGUGCCUGGAGCGGUGGCUGACGUACAAGAACAUCUGUCCUCAAUGUCGACGACCGUUACCGCCUUUGUGAAUCCCUGCUGUCGCAAAGCUGUGUGCUCGUUACCUCACCAGACUGUCUUCGCGUAUUCUGUACUCUCAGUGCAUAUCGGUUAC